AUGAUGCGCUACGCCUUGCUCUUCAGUAAGCAGGCGAAGAUUCGUCUGAGUAAGUACUACGUCCCGACCAAGCCGAAAGAUCGAACGCGGAUCGAACGCGACAUCACCGCGGCGGUGCUCGCGCGCGAUCCCAAGGCGUGUAACGUCGUCGAGUACGGUGAGGUGAAGCUGGUGUACAGGCGGUACGCGUCGCUGUACUUUUGUUUGGCGGUGGAGCGGGACGCGAACGAGCUGGCGACGUUGGAGAUGAUUCAGCACUACGUGGAAAUCUUGGACAAGUACUUUGGAAACGUGUGCGAAUUGGAUUUGGUGUUUAAUUUUCACAAGGCGCAUUACGUCUUGGACGAGGUCUUCGUGGCGGGACACCUGCAGGAGACGAGUAAGAAGUUGGUGGCGCGGUUGGUGAGCGAGCAGGACGCGUUGGUGGAACGGGCGAAGAUGGGAGGACCGGCGGGCGAAGACGCGUAG